AUGGAUCAUGGAUGCAUGGAACUACUUGUUUCUUCACAACACAACCUCGUUCCUUCCGACAACAACAUAUUUCCAAAUUCUGCACCUUUUGACGAGUUUUCUUCAUUCAACAGCGUGGUUUCUGUUUCAUUUCGUUGUCCAUUACAGCGUAGCAGCACAGGUCUCGUUUUUGCAGUUCAGUUUCAGUCACACUUACGGAUAUCAGAGAAUAGUAACUUAUUUGAUUUUCUGGCGACUGAUAUUUGGAGUGGUAACUGGGGUGGUGUUGCAAUGUUGGCUUCUAAAGAAAUGAUGAAAUUCAAAUCUUACCAGAACCGGGCUAAUUUGUUCGUGAAGGAGUAUUUGUUAGCAGACCCUCUGAUUCCAUACACCUCUAUUAUUGGGGGUAUUUUUGCUUGCAAGAUGGUCUAUGAUCUUACUCAGCUUUUUAGCACUGUUCACUUUAAGAGCUAUUCCAGCCUUUCUAGGAUACAACGCAUCGAGUGGAAUAAUCGGUGA